AUCCCUAAACCUAGAACAACCAAGUUUUCCCCAACCCCUCACCUCAGUUCGUAGUUCACUUCGAUCGCAUCGAUUCCUCUCGCUCCCAUCUUCCUCCCUCCUCCCGUCGUCGACGGCUGGGAAAUAUCUCUUCCGCGGCACCGUCGCCGCCAUCCACGCCUUUGAGUCUCCCGUUGAAGUUGGAAGCCCAUCCUUCCUGGUGAAGUGGCACCACCAGCACCACCGCUGCCGAUCAUCUGCCAGAGGAUGCGCGGAUGAGGACGAGUUCAAACUGCUCCUAGGGACGCUCUCUUCCUCCCACCAUCACUGGAGAGCGGCGAGCCAUUAGGUUUUCGGACACAGUGGCAGCCUUUGGCUCUUGCGAUCAUCGAGGCAUAGUACAAACCUUGAGUUGCAUCCAAGUCUGGUAAAAGCUUUCAAUAUGGCAAAUAUAAGUAUAACAAAUAUUCUGGAGAAGAUGACGGGUAAGGAUAAAGAUUAUAGAUAUAUGGCAACAUCAGAUUUACUUAAUGAAUUGAACAAGGAAGGUUUUAAAUCUGAUUCUGAUUUGGAGAUGAAGUUGACAAGUGCUGUCCUCCAACAACUAGAAGACGCAGCUGGAGAUGUAUCUGGUUUAGCUGUGAAAUGUCUGGCUCCUCUUGUCAAGAAGAUCAGUGAGGACAGGAUUCUGGAAAUGGCCAACAAGCUCUGCGACAAAUUGUUAAAUGGGAAAGAUCAACAUCGUGAUAUUGCUAGUAUAGCCUUGAAGACAAUAGUCUCAGAAGUUAACACAACGUCCCUUGCCCAACGUAUUCUAGCUUCUCUUGGUCCUCAGUUGAUAGAGGGCAUAACUAAUCCUGGGAAGAGCACUGAGAUUAAGUGUGAAUGUCUUGAUAUAUUAGGCGACAUGCUCCAGAGAUUUGGAAACUUGAUGACAAAAGAUGCUCAUGAGGAAUUGCUGAGUGCACUUCUGUCCCAGUUGGGUUCUAAUCAAGCCAGUGUUAGAAAGAAAUCAAUUCUUUGUAUUGCUUCUCUUGCCUCAAGUUUGUCAGAUGAUCUCUUGGCUAAGGCGACAUUUGAAGUUGUUCAGUUGUUGAAAAGUAAGAAUAUAAAACCUGAACUUACACGAACAAAUAUUCAGAUGAUUGGAGCUUUAAGUCGCUCUGUUGGAUAUCGUUUUGGACCACACCUUGGUGAUUCGGUGCCGUUGCUUAUUAAUUACUGCAUGACGGCCUCGGAAUCUGAUGAAGAACUCCGUGAAUACAGUUUGCAGGCAUUGGAGAGUUUUCUACUUAGGUGUCCGAGGGACAUAUCUCCAUACUGUGAUGACAUUCUAAUUCUAACUAUGGAAUAUUUAAGCUAUGACCCCAACUUUACUGAUAACAUGGAGGAGGACACUGAUGCUGAAGGGGAUGAUGAGGAGGAAGAUGAUGAAAGUGCAAAUGAGUACACCGACGAUGAGGAUGCCAGCUGGAAAGUUCGAAGAGCAGCUGCAAAGUGCUUACAGGCUAUUAUCAUGUCACGACCGGAGAUGCUUAUAAAGUUGUAUUAUGAGGCAUGUCCUAAGUUGAUUGAAAGAUUUAAAGAAAGAGAAGAGAAUGUCAAGAUGGAUGUAUUUAACACAUUUAUCGAGUUGUUACGGCAGACUGGUAAUGUGACAAAGGGACAAGUUGACAUUGACGAGUCAAGUCCACGAUGGUUAUUGAACCAAGAAGUGCCCAAAAUCGUGAAAUCAGUUAACAGACAACUCCGUGAAAAAUCUGUCAAGACUAAGGUUGGGGCAUUCUCGGUAUUAAAAGAACUUGUGGUUGUCUUACCUAAUUGUCUUGCUGAGCACAUUGGCUCACUUGUUUCUGGGAUUGAAAAGGCAUUGACUGACAAAUCUUCCACCUCGAAUUUGAAGAUCGAGGCCCUUGUUUUUACCAGAUUGGUUAUGGCUUCACAUUCACCUUCUGUAUUUCAUCCAUACAUCAAGGCCCUCUCUAGUCCAGUUCUAUCUGCUGUUGGUGAAAGAUACUAUAAAGUAACUGCUGAAGCAUUACGUGUCUGUGGAGAGCUAGUCCGUGUUCUUCGUCCUAAUUUUGAGACAUCCACUUUGGACUUCAAGCCAUACAUCAACCCUAUUUAUAAUGCCAUAUUGGCACGUUUGGCAAAUCAAGAUCAAGAUCAGGAGGUUAAAGAAUGUGCUAUUUCUUGCAUGAGCCUUGUAAUAUCAACUUUUGGUGAUAAUCUACAAAGAGAUCUACCUGCGUGCCUUCCCAUACUCGUUGAUAGAAUGGGAAAUGAGAUUACCCGACUCACAGCCGUGAAGGCAUUUGCUGUAAUUGCUAACUCACCUCUUCGCAUAGAUUUGUCAUGUGUCUUGGAACAAGUUGUUUCAGAAUUAACAGCAUUUUUGCGGAAGGCUAACAGAGCUUUGAGGCAGGCAACCUUAGGAACACUAAACUCCCUUGUUGUUGCUUAUGGCGAGCAAAUCACCUCAUCAGCUUAUGAAGUUAUAAUAGUUGAACUUUCAACCCUUAUAAGUGAAGCAGACCUGCAUAUGACUGCUCUUGCUCUGGAACUUUGCUGCACAAUGAUGACUGACAGAAUAUCCAGCCAAAGUGUUGGUUUGACUGUUAGGCAUAAAGUUCUUCCUCAAGCACUCAUAUUAAUCAGGAGCUCUCUGUUGCAGGGUCAAGCUCUGCAAGCAUUACAAAGAUUCUUUGCAUCAUUGGUUCAUUCAGCAAAUACAAGCUUUGACGCACUAUUGGAUUCACUCCUUUCAAGUGCUAAGCCUUCACCACAGUCUGGGGGCCUCGCUAAACAAGCUCUUUAUUCAAUUGCACAGUGUGUUGCUGUACUUUGCCUUGCAGCAGGUGAUCAGAAAUGUGCAUCCACUGUAGAAAUGCUAAAAGGCAUUCUGAAAGAUGAUAGCAGUAUGAAUUCUGCUAAACAACACCUGGCUUUACUAUGUCUUGGAGAAAUUGGAAGAAGGAAAGAUCUUAGCAUGCACGUGCACAUAGAGAAUAUCGUUAUUGAGUCGUUCCAGUCUCCUUUUGAAGAGAUAAAAUCUGCAGCAUCUUAUGCUCUUGGAAACAUAGCUGUGGGCAAUCUAUCUAAAUAUCUGCCAUUCAUCUUGGACCAAAUUGACAAUCAACAGAAAAAGCAAUACCUUUUGCUUCAUUCUUUAAAAGAGGUUAUUGCAAGGCACUCUAUUGAUCAAACUGGCCAAAGUGAGUUUCAGGAAUCUAAUGUUGAGAAGAUAUUGAACUUACUGUUUAAUCAUUGUGAAAGUGAUGAAGAAGGGGUUCGCAAUGUAGUUGCUGAGUGUUUGGGCAAAAUUGCACUUAUUGAGCCUAAGAAGCUUGUGCCUGCACUGAAGGAGCGCACGGCAAGUCCUACUGCAUUUACAAGAGCAACAGUUGUUGUUGCUGUCAAGUACUCAAUUGUUGAACGGCCUGAAAAGAUAGAUGAAAUCCUGUACCCGGAGUUUUCUACAUUCUUGAUGCUAAUUAAAGACAGUGACAGACAUGUUCGACGUGCAGCUGUCCUGGCUCUAAGUACAGCUGCUCAUAACAAGCCAAAUUUGAUUAAAGGACUUCUUCCUGAAUUAUUACCACUGCUCUAUGACCAGACUGUUAUCAAGAAAGAAUUGAUAAGAACAGUUGAUCUUGGUCCUUUCAAGCACGUCGUAGAUGAUGGUCUUGAACUUAGAAAAGCAGCUUUCGAGUGUGUGGACACAUUGUUGGAUGGUUGUCUGGAUCAAAUGAAUCCGUCAUCUUUUAUAGUUCCUUACCUGAUAUCUGGUUUAGGUGAUCACUAUGAUGUGAAGAUGCCAUGUCAUCUUAUCCUCUCAAAACUUGCAGACAAGUGCCCUUCUGCUGUCCUUGCAGUUCUGGACUCACUGGUUGAUCCUCUUGAAAAAACCAUCAAUCACAAGCCGAAGGCUGAUGCUGUGAAGCAAGAAGUAGACCGUAAUGAAGAUAUGAUCCGGAGUGCUCUUCGAGCCAUUGCUUCCAUAAGUCGCAUAAGUGGAGGUGACUAUAGCUUGAAGUUCAAGAUGCUGAUGAAUAACAUUAUGAGCACCGCAUCACUCGCCGAGAAGUACCAUUUUGUGCGCUCUGAGUGAUGGGUUGGGGCUUUCAGCAAAAUUCUUAAGCUGAGUAGUACCUUGAGCAAAUAGCAUAUCUGAGGUUCAAUUUGUCUGAACGUGAAGAUUCAACUAUAUCACUGAAUAUGAAGUUUCUUUUUCCCCAAAUGGAAUCUGGCCUAAAGGGAAGAACAGAUGAUCACUGUGGUGUUGCCUCCUACCCAAUUUUGUAUAUUGGUCUUGAACAGUAUUUGUUGGUCUCGAUUUAUAAAACAUUUGAGGAAAGAGUUGCUACUGUCCCUUUAGGUAGAAACUUGGUUUGUGCAUAUUGAUUAAAGAAGCUGCUUCUGUCUUUAGUUGGAAACUAAGAGGGUCUUUCUCGACUGAUACUUGUGGUGGAUGAUUCUUAUGCUGUAGCUCAAGAGACAUGGAGUUUACAGGGUUGUAGUAUGCGUUUCAUCCUCUAUCCACUACAUUGCCCCGUUGUAUAUUCUUGCAAGUUCGCAUGCAUGUGUCAUGCAUAUGGUUGUGGAUUUCC